AUGUCGUUACGUCAAAAGACCGGUAAUAAGAAGUCGAAAAAUACUAAAAACAGUACCAGAUUUUCUAUGAUGGGUAUUGCUAAGAUGCUUAAUGGUUACAUUAGUAGAUUGGUAGAUUUAUGGACACCUGGUAGAUCAACAUUUUUAUUUAAUGAGGCAGAAGUUGUAGAGUUAUGCUUAAGAGCUCGUGAAGCUUUUUGGGCUUCUCCAAUAGUAGCAAAAAUUGAACCACCUUGUCAUGUUUUUGGUGAUAUACAUGGACAAUUUGAAGAUUUACUUGCAGAGUUACAUCAUAUUGGGUACCCUCCAAAAGUGAAAUUAGUUUUUCUUGGUGAUUAUGUAGAUAGGGGACCUUUUUCAAUUGAAUGUGCUAUGUUACUUUUUGCUUUGAAGGUCCGGUAUCCUAAUGAAGUUGUUUUGGUUAGAGGGAAUCAUGAAUCUAGACCAGUAACUAUGCAUUAUGGAUUUUUUAUUGAAUGUGAAAGAAGGUAUUCUAAAAAAGUUUAUGAUGCUUUUAUAGAUGCAUUUUGUGCUAUGCCAAUAUGUGUAUUAAUUGGAAAUACAAUUCUUGGAAUGCAUGGUGGUAUAUCUGAUGAGAUAUCUUCUCUUCGACAACUUGAAUUGAUGCGACGCCCUUAUGAAAUACCAAUUUUUGGAGUUGCUUCACAUUUUACUUGGUCUGAUCCUGACUCAGAAUCUGCUGGAUUUGAUGAAUCACCUAGAGGUGCUGGUCUUCUUUUUAAUGAAAAAGCUUUAACAGAUUUCUUAAAUAUACAUAAUUUACAAUUAAUUAUAGAAAAUUAG